AUGGACAGUUCAAUCAUUUUGAUAGAAGGUGAUAGUAAUCAAAGGGAAGAUGUAGAAGUUGAUCACGGCGAUGGUGAUGAAUCACUUUGGGCUCCUGUAAUUGGGAUGUGUUUUUCAUGUUUAGAGGAAGUUAAAACAUAUUAUCAAGAGUAUGCUUUGAAAAAGGGGUUUGGAUGGAGGAUUAGAUCAUCGAAAAAAGGAGACGACAGGGAGCUCCAUUACCUGAUACUUUCAUGUUCAAGAGAGGGGUCUAACAUUUCAAAAAUUUCAUGCACGUUGAAGACACUUCCAUCUAGAGCGAAAAAUUGUCCUGCCAAGAUUUGUAUUAAAUUAAAACAAGAUGGUUUGUGGUACAUUACACAAUUUGAAGAAAACCAUUCUCAUGAGACUAGUCCUACAAAAGUAAGAUCGUUCAAGGCUAACAAGAAAAUGAACUUACAUGUAAGAAGAACAAUUCAAAUUAAUGAUGAUGCGGGAGUAAGGAUCAACAAGACUUUUAAAUCGCUUGUUAAAGAUGCAAGAGGGCAUGAAAAUAUUCCCUUUUGUGAAAAAGAUGUGAGGAAUUAUAUUAACAAAGAGCGUCGUGCGAUUGGAAAAAAAGGUGAUGGUAAGGCUUUGAUAAGUUAUUUUUGUAAAAUGCGGGAACAGAAUACAAAUUUCUUUUAUGACAUAGAUCUAGAUGAUGAUUUUCAUGUGAGAAAUGUAUUUUGUGCGAAUGCAAGAAGCAGGGCCGCGUACGAAUACUUUGGAGACGUUGUAACUUUUGACACAACAUACUUAACUAACAAGUAUGACAUGCCUUUUGCCGCAUUUGUGGGUGUGAAUCACCAUGGUCAAUCAACAUUACUUGGUUGUGGAUUGCUAUCGAGUGAAGACACAGAUUCUUUUGUGUGGCUAUUCAAGUCAUGGCUUUGUUGUAUGCAUGAAAAAGGACCUUUGGGCAUUGUAACCAAUCAGUGUAAGGCUAUGAAAAAUGCUAUUGAGUUAGUAUUCCCUACAACUCGUCAUAGGUGGUGUUUAUGGCAUAUAAUGAAAAAAGUUCCAGAAAAGCUUAGCGGAUAUGGGGAAGUUAAAAGGAUCAAGUAUGCAAUGAAAGAAGCAGUGUAUGAUGCAUUCACAACAGAUAUCUUUGAACAAAAAUGGUGUUCGUUCAUAGAAAAAUUUGACCUCCAUGAAAAUGAUUGGUUGGGUGGGUUGUAUACUGAGCGUCAUAGAUGGGCACCAACGUUGUUAAGGAAAUAUUUUUGGGUCAGUAUGUCAACUACGCAAUGUAGUGAGAGCAUACAUGCUUUCUUUGAUGGAUAUAUCAAUUCUACAACAAGUCUAAAUCAGUUUAUGAAACAAUAUGAUAAUGCUCUUAGAAGUCGGGCAGAAAAGGAAUUUGAAGCUGAUUUUAAUUCAAUGGACACAAUAAUUCCAUGUGGGUCAAACUCGUCCAUUGAGAAGCAAUUCCAAAGUGAGUUUACUAAUGCCAAAUUCAAGGAAAUUCAAGUGGAAUUCAGAUCUAAGAUGAAUUGUUCUGCCUCAUUAAAUAGUGUGAAAGGUUGCAUUACUACGUAUCAUGUGUUAAAGGAGAUACUAGUUAGAGACUUACUCAAAGAGCGAGUCUUAAAAGUUAUACACGUCAUAUUUUAG